AUGAGCAGCAGCGCAAGCGGCACCAGCGCGAACGCGAACGCACCGGCGCUCGACAUCAACGAAUUCCUCGAUAUUGCUGAAUUCAACCGUGGCCUCGCCACAAUCUUCAACAUGGACCUCUUCAACACCCCAGUCAACGAGACUUCCGAUGAGAUCCACUAUAAUACCUUCGUUCUCGCCCGCAUCGUUGAUUAUAAAGUCUCCUCAACAUGUCAAGGUCUCGAGCUGCUUGGAUCAUUCCAAGAAGACUUUGAGGAUUGGGAGGAAGACGACUUCAAGAAGGUCGAUCCAAGGGUCCCACCAGUCACUCCCGAUCUAAACCUCCCACCAGCUAUCGACCGCGAAGCUUACCGGACCGUGCCCCCAGUCCAGGUCCCCAAUGAAGACCUCGAUCCUGCCAUCGCCAACCAGUUUUCUAAGCUAUGGGAUCGAAAGCUCAACUAUUCAGGUGACGCCUACGAUAUCCUAGAUGAUAAGAUCCGUUACUUUCUCGAUGCCUGCCUCACAGCUAGCAUCAAACCGUCACAAUUCCACGCUUUGUUCUCAAAUAUCCUCACGAAGAGAGCAAAGAACUUCUUCGUGCAUCAAGUCAGCCGCGAUUCAACGUUCGCGGAGAUGUAUCAGAAGAUGAAGCAGCACUUUGAUACGGAAGUCAAUAGGCAACAGUAUCACACUGACUGGACCUCGAUCAAUUUCACACAGCUUCGGAAGGAAUCUCCCGAGAAGCCUCUCUCGAUAGCUUCUUUGCAGCUGCCUUCCUAUCUAAUAGAGCUUUUCGCCACCGCAUUCACACCGUCGAGGAGAAUCGAUAUGCGAGGAAUCACAGCAUUUCUUGCUCGAUCGCUACAACCGGACCUCUUCCAAGGGAUCCUGCCUGACACGGGUGCAGCGAAGAUAUCUACAGCUGGGAUCGACCAAUUCCGCGCGCUCCAACGAGAGAUGCCGACGGUCCAGCUACGGAAGAAUGCGACGAUCGCAACGGUCAGAUUCGGUGGAAACGAGCCGACGAACACGAUCGGGAUCACAACAGUCAUCACCCCGAUUGGAGAAGUCGUUUUCCACGUUAUCAAUAUGUCAACGCCCUUCUUGCUAUGCCUCAAGGAUAUGGACCGUCUCGGUGCCUAUCUCAACAAUGUCACGAACGAAUUGAUCUGCGGCGAUAAGAGGAUUCCGAUCAUCAAGGCAGACGCACCGCGCAGGUUCAAAUUCACGUUAAAGGAUAACUGCGAUUUCAACUACGAAUUGAUCGUCGAUUCGUUGCUUCAAAUGGCCUUCAAAUCCGUCAAUGAUACCGCCGGACCUGACGGUCUAGUGCCCACACUACUAGUCUUUGAGGUCACAGUUGAGCUAGACAACGGGCCAGCUAAAUUUCGCAGCACGGCUGUCCAGCCCUACUUUCGCCACCCGGAUUCGCAGCAGCAACGAAGUCACGAUGUUCUACAGCAGCCACACGCUGACAAUCAGACUGCUGACAAUCAGGCUGAUAGCAUCAACGUUGAGACCGAAUGCGCCGCCCUCGACCUUGCCGUAAAGUUACGUGCAGAGAAGAAAAUCACUACCGCCGGACGACCGUUUGAAGCCUCUGAUGACCUCGAAAUCACGAACCUGCUAGGCGCAGGCGUCAUCGUGCCCGAACGAUACGAUAUGAAUAAGCAUGGAAAACACAGGCUAUUCAAGUCACGAAUGGUCCGGGAGGUCAAAGGAUAUGGUGACGACGAGAAGCAGAUCAACGUCACGACCGCAGAGACCAACGCGGAUACCGCACUUCAGGUUAAUGCCUUCGGCGUUGCCGCGCUUCAGACUGAUGAUACGUUAUUGGUAGGCACAACAACAUUCCUGCAACGUGAAGACCGCGAGCUAUGCUUCCAAGCCAAGCCAAAGAAGACCCUACGAGAAGGCGAUACCUGUGAUUUCAACGGCAGCCUCAUUGCUCUAGAGAAGGGCUAUCUUCUAGUCAUGCAGAAAGGUCAGGUCAACAACCUCAACAUUAUCGAUCUAUCCACGGAAGAUCGGGCCCAACGAUACGUGGAACAACGUGCCCAUCCAACCGCGGAGGAUUUUCAGGCGUUGAAUAAACGGAUCCAAUGGCAGAUCGACAAUCCACAAAGAGGCCUUCGAUUCGUCCCAAUAGGUCUAGAAGCAGCAAAGGUCUUCGUCUUCACAGACGGAUCAUUCGCCAACAACAAGGACUUAAGCUCUCAGAUCGGAUUCGUUAUAAUCAUUGCAACCGAGACUAACUCGACGAAGUGCAAGAGAGUCACCCGCAGCGUCUUGGCUUCUGAGAUAUAUGGAUUAGCUUCAGGCUUCGAUUUGGCAUAUGUGAUCACAGAGACGAUCAACCAGAUCACAAACCGCCUUGGAUUGCCGCAAAUCCCGCUCGUGGUGUCGUACGAACAGAGAGACAUCACAAGCAUCCGUUGGAUCAAUGGUGCGGACAACCCGGCUGAUGCAAUGACGAAGCUAUCUCCGAACGGAGCCUUGACCCGAUUCGUCAACGACAACGAGAUCACGAUCCGGCUUGAAGGUUGGGUUCAAAGGAAGGAAGAUAUGACGAUUGAAGAGGCGAUUAACGAUUGA